AUGACAGACGACCACAGCACAAUACCCCAAACCGUUGGGGACAUUAUAAUUCGCCACCCACACCAGGGCAAGGGUAUAAUAGACCUGCUGGUAGAGCCAAUAACUGGAAUAGACCGGCAUGGUGUGAAGGUUGUCGAGAGAGCGAAUACUGCUUUGCCAGGAUCUCCUCAGACUCAAAGUAUUGCUAAAAUAACGAUAGAAAGCAUUAAUUUGAAAGUGCCACAUCUCACACCCAACGAUGACAUAAAGUUGCAGUUGUUGACACGUAUCAAAGCAGAUGAGCCUAUGAUGAUACCGUUUCGCAGAUGGGAAUUGCACGAGCUACCAGCACUCACACAAGGAUCUACCAUAGAAAUCUGGUCCGUAAAGACAUGUUCUGCAUUGGACAGUCCAAGAUAUGUUAUAGUAUUUUUCCAAACGAAAAAAGCCGAUAAUUUGCAUGAAGACGUCACCUUGUUCGAUAAUGCCAACAUCAAAUCCAUACGAUUGGCUCUGAAUAGCGACUAUUAUCCGCAAGAACGAAUGCUAUUGGACUUUUCCAAAGACCAAUAUGCCGACGCCUACUUCAACUAUACAGAGUUCAACAAGAGCUACCAUAACUGUCAAGAAAAGCGCUCUCUAGUAAACUUUGCCGAAUUCAAAUCCCGACCAAUGUUUGUUAUCGAUUGCUCGAGGCGCCAUCUGGGUCUAAAGUCGUCCACAGUUGACAUAAAGAAUAAUAUAGCAUAUACCGUGGAACAAUUGCUGGAAUUUGAAGAAAAAAAAAUACUCACCAACGUCCAAAGACCAUCUAGUGAACCCCAAACUCCCUCUAAAGAAAAUUCAAUAUUUUCUGAUCCAGAGAAAGGUGUACUGGUACAAGAAGAAGAAUCUAAGGUAGAGCAAAGGAAAAAAACCGUCGAACGUAAAAAAACCAAAGAAGAGGAGCUUAUAAAUAAAAGUAAAAAUACGAAUAAAACAUUAGACCAAAUCACCAGAGAAAGAAAACCAUCCCUCAGAUCACAAAAUAAUAAGUAA